UUUGUCCUUUCUAUACGUUUCUGUUUCUGUUUCAUUGGUAAACCGCAAAUUAUGCAGGGAAAUUAUAAUAGAUGACCAAAAAAAAAAAAAGAGAAGAACAAAAAAGAAACAAGUAAUUUACUAGGGCUCUAGGGAAUCAAAAUCAAAGGGAGAAAGAAGAGGAAAAAUUGAAGAAAAAAAACAGCUAGCCAAUUCGCGUAUGGCGGCCCCGAAGACGUUGACGGCCCUGGCUGAAGAGAAGACGUUGCAUGCAAACUUCAUUCGCGACGAGGAUGAACGCCCCAGAGUAGCUUACAAUCAAUUCAGCAACGAAAUCCCGGUGAUCUCCCUUGCCGGCGGGACCAACGAGGAGGCAAAAAGAAGGGAAGAAGUUAGCAAGCAGAUCGUCAAAGCCUGCGAGGAAUGGGGGAUUUUUCAGGUCGUGGAUCAUGGAAUCGACCCGGACCUUAUAUCUAAUAUGACCCGUCUCGCUCUCGAAUUUUUCGCUUUGCCGCCCGAUGAGAAGCUCCGAUUCGACAUGUCCGGUGGGAAGAAAGGUGGCUUCAUUGUUUCCAGCCAUUUACAGGGAGAAGCGGUGCAGGAUUGGCGCGAGAUAGUAACGUACUUUUCGUACCCGAUCCGGAACCGGGACUAUUCGCGGUGGCCGGACAAGCCGCCGGCGUGGAGGGCGGUGACGGAAGAGUACAGCGAGAAGGUAAUGGGAUUGGCAUGCAAACUGCUGGAGCAUCUGUCAGAAGCCCUGGGGUUGGAGAAGGAAGCGCUGACCGAAGCCUGCAUAGAUAUGGACCAAAAAGUGGUGGUGAAUUACUACCCGAAAUGCCCUCAGCCUGACCUGACCCUCGGCCUUAAGCGGCACACUGAUCCGGGGACCAUCACGGUAUUGCACCAGGACCAGGUCGGAGGCCUCCAAGCCACCAGGGAUGGAGGUCAAACCUGGAUCACCGUUAAACCCAUUCAAGGAGCCUUCGUGGUCAACCUCGGUGAUCAUACCCACUUGCUUAGCAACGGGAGGUUCAAGAGCGCGGACCAUCGAGCAGUGGUUAACUCAAACUGUAGCCGGCUCUCAAUAGCCACAUUUCAGAAUCCAGCUCCUGAGGCAAAGGUUUAUCCACUGAAGAUGAGAGAUGGUGAGAAAGUUGUGAUGGAGGAAGCGAUCACAUUUGCGGAGAUGUACAGGAGGAAGAUGAUGCGGGACCUUGAGCUGGCUAGGUUAAAGAAGUUGGCCAAAGAUCAAACAACUGAUGCUGAUGGCAAGGUUAAAGGGGAAGCCACGCCUUUAGAAGAUAUUCUUGCUUGAACUUUUUCUUCUCCUUGUUUUUUUAUAUAUAUAUAUCAUAAAACUGCAACAAGUAUGGUGUCGAUACUACACUUAUGUUGUCAUUUUAUUAGCAGUUACAUAUUGUACAUUAAAUUGGGAGUUGUUAAAGGUGGCCCUUAAAAUUGUUAAAUGUCGCCGUAAAAAACAUCAAAGUUACAAAUUUAACUUUUUAGCUUCUUUACUCUCCCUUUAGCAAACAAACACCACUUAGUAAAGAAAAUAAAACAUUAUUCAAAAGAGAGAAUCCAUCAUCGUCAUUCUGGAGUUGGAAUCGUUGAUAGGACGUCUGGAUCAUGACUAGCGACUAUGAAUCGGUAAAGUUCAUUCCAAAAAUUGAAAAAAAAAAAACAAAAAAAGGGAACCGUAGCUCAUUUGUGGUUGUACCAUGGGCCAACCGCAGCUCACUUGCGGUUCCACCAUGGGCCAACUGCAAGUGAGUUGCGAUUGCACCAUGGGCCAACCGUAACUUGCCUUGAUCAUUUUUUUGGAAAUUUCGAUAGAGAACGAGCGACGACGACGGCAGGAAAGCGCCGGCGGACUGGUGCGUCAAGAGGGAUUCACGAAGAAGGCAGAUGAGGGGUUCAAUUUGAGGAGCUAGGGAUUGUUUGGUUUGUUUAAAUUUUAAAAUUUUAUUGGGGUAUAUAAGUAAUUUAUCAUUAGAGUUAGGGCGAUCGUUAGCCAUUUUAAAGGCGACAUUUAGCGAUUCAGAUUAAAUUUGUGCCUUUGAUUUAGAUUCACCAUUUAUUCCAAACUCGUUGAAUUUAUUAUUUUUGAUUCACCAUUUAUGGACUGUGUGUGGAGUAGAAGGUUGUAGAGAAAUCAUUAAUGGGGUUGGCUGCAAUUAUUAGUAAUUAAAGAAUUGAAAAAAUUAGAAACCACAAACCUAUAAAUAGGCACGAUUGGGAACCCAAGCCAAGAAAAGCAAGAAGUAGCCAAGAAAAGAAGUUCUUUCAUCAAUUCCUCUGAUCUUGUCUACAUCUACAUUACUUAUAAUACAUUUUAAAGAGUUUGAUUUGCUCCAUUUCAAAUUUCCUGCAACGAAAGUGAAAGUAGGAAGGGUAUUUUUGUCUACACAAUCAAUUUUUUAUUUCAUAUAAAAAUAUAUCAAUGCUAGGAUUUGAACCAUGGUUUCUUCCACAAAAGACAAGAAUUGUAACCAAUUAGACUAGACACAUUUGCUAUACUUCAUUAAUACAAAACAUAGAGGAAGUUAAUAUUAUGAAAAACAGAGUACUUUUCUAUCACGGUUAGUUAGCCCGCUAAGUCUCCUGUAAGUAUUUUUUGGUGUUUAUUAAUUCUAUUUUCAUAUUUUAAUAAUUAAUUUAUAAUUUUUUCUAACUUAUAAAUGAAGGAUAAUCUUAAAAUCUCAACACAAAUAUCAUUGGUUGGAAUAUUGUGCAUUGAAUAUAAUUGAAGUGUUGAAUGAAGUGUUCAAUGAAGACAUAAGAGCAUUGGUACCAUACAUUUCAAGAAAAAUAAACAUGACAAACUCCGAUACCAAUUAUCUCGACAGUCUAUGCUAAAAUUCGAAUUUGUUUAAUCAUUCGAUUUGAGUGAUAGUUUAGUCAAAGCAAGCAUAUAAUUUACAAUUGUGUUAUGAACAAAAAUAAAAACAUAUGCAUUGUAUUAUGAAAAAUGUACUUAUUUUAACAAUCUAAAAAACCCCAUCAAGAUUUCCAUAUAUAACCCCUUAUUUCAGCAUUGUAAUUAAUGAGACAAUUUUUAUCAACAUGAUGCAAUGUUCAAGCUAAGGUCCAAUUAUUAAUCACCAGUAUAUAGUAUUCAGCUUAGUAAACUAUUUCAAUAUCCACAGCUAACUAUUAAUGUAACACUCUCAUGCCUAUACUCUAAGCAUUUUUUUUUCUUUUUUCCAAUAUUUUUUGCAGUUAUUUGUUAAAUCAACUAUGUUUCUAGCUUUCCAUCCCUAAUUAUUCACUGCUUCCUACCAACUUAUGAGAAUGAUGAAUAUUUUUUCAUGUGUAAUCUAUUGACUAUGAAUAUUGCUUAUUACUUAAAUUCAACGGUUUCCAUGUCAGGUUUAAUGUCUCCAACAUAUUCUCACAAUUUCUCGAAAAAGCAUCAUAUCUUGCGAUUGAUAUCAUAGUUUUGUUAGGUAAAGUUCAACAAACUCAACCAAUAUUCGAACUCUUUGAAGUAGCUAUCUACAUGUGAAUAUGAAGUAUUAAGUAGCUAAAACUCUACUUGAGUUAGUACGAUCUUUUGCGCUAUCAAUUAAAAUUCAAUACAUGAUUAUCUUAUUACAAUUUAGUCAUACUAAUUAUGCAGUAGGGGACAUCUUAUCAAAAUCGUAUCGAAAGAAUUCUUGAUUGAUAAGUUUCAGGAUGUAAUCAAUUAUACCAAAUAGAAAUGAUCAAAUUUAUAAGAUGCUCUCAAAGUUUGCUAUAAUUAUUGAGGUUCAACAACACGUUAAUCGUAAGGUGGACAUUGGGCAUUUGUCUAUCUCCUAGCUCGCCUAGACACGCUUAGACGUUGCAAUUAAAAUAGUAAUUUUUAAUAAUGAUGAAUGAAGUAACAGUUCUGAAGCACUUUCAUACUUCAGUUCAAAUGAUUUAACAACAAGCAAAAUAACUCUCAAGUUUAUAAUUUUUUUAUACCAAAUGGUAUAAUUAAUUCAUUUAUGAGCUGAAAUAGAUAAUUAUAAGCACUUAAAUUUUAAAGUUAAAACUCAUAUGAUACAAUUGUUUGACGAAAUGGUUUUUUUUAUCAUAGAGUGGUUCUAUCGAGAGAGGUCUCUAAGAAACAUGGCUUACUUUAUUAUUCCUUAGGUAGAUAUAAUAUAUAUCUUCAUCGUUACUUUUACAUUGGAUUCAAUUUAGUAUACUUUUUCAUUUAGGUAGAUUUUUUUAAUGAUUUUUUGGGAUAUAAUAUAUCAUUAUUGUAUGAUGGUGUAGGAUAUUAGUUCCUCUCAUUUUAGGUUCAAAUUGAUGCAUUUUCCCCUUUAUCGUUCCCUUUUAUCAGUUAAUAAUUUUUAUGAUAUUUUUCACUAUGAAAUAUCGUGAGCACAAUCUAUAGACAACAAUUUGUGUUUUUUCGCUUCCUCUUCUCUUUAUUAGAUAUUGUGUCCAUAUUGAUGCUUAUAUUGAUUAUUGAAUUACAACUUUUUUGUUCUGAAGUUUAUGAAACUAAGAUGCAUAUUGAUAAAGAAUGUAAGGUGUU